GGGUCACACUCGUAUCCUGGGGGUUUGGCUGUCAACCCUGGAGGAGAUCCAGGAGGCGGCAAGACGAUCCGGACGAGCUGAAGGCAAAUGAGAAGAGGCUGAAUGGGUCCGGUUUACGUCGAUUGACCCGAACCUUGUCCUGACACAACAACAGUCUGACUCAGCAAAGAGGCUGUUAACAAAAUCCAGACAACUGGAUAAACCCAUGACGUCGUCCUCUUCAAACCGUCAUCAUCAAAACGAGGGAAUAUUCGUAAUAACGUUGCUUGUAGCAGCAGCAGAAAAAAAGAAUUCAGCUAUGAAGCCAAAAGUACUUUUACUUCUGAUGCAAUGAGUAUCAUUCACUGAUGUCACUUCUGUUUUACUUCACUGGCACAAAAUGCAUCUUAAAAUUAAUUGACUGAGGACAUAAAUAUUUUAAGAAAGGAAAUCUCUUUUGAAUCACAUAUUAUAUAUUUUAAACGUUCACCAACUGAAGUGUUCUUCAGCAACAGUGACAGAGACUUUACGAGUCCAUAAAUAAAAACCCAAUGAGUGGCAGAUGUUUUCUGUCAUCUCACUCCAUCACGUCUUCGCUCCCUGGACGUUAAUCCGAACCUCACGCAGCCCCUGGUCGUUCACCACCUGCUCCCCCUCGUCUGUAAACUGACCUGGGGGAGAGGAGGAGGAGGUGGUGGUGAAGUAGCUGGUGUCCACCUGACCAGCACCAGCCAUGCAUCAUUAAUGGACAUGCAUCAUUGAUGGCGUCCACUGGCCGCAGGUGGAGCGGUACAGUCCCCUCUUCAUUCAUCCAUCCAUCCAUCCACCCCCCACAUAGCCUGCUGACAGGCCCAGGUCUCUGUGGUUUUGUCCAAACUCUUCCAUUCUUCGUGGCCAUUAUGCCGUCAGAGCUGCGCACGUCCGCCAGGAUAAAUCUAGUUCAUCCAUCAGGGCCACUGUUUCAGGUAAAUCCUCCCCCAGGUGAGUGACACUCAGACUCAGAUCAUCCAUGAGUGGCUCUGCCGGAGCUGCUGCUGCGACCCCGGCAGCCGCGCUCCGCUUGGGCUCGGACGUCGGUGGUGGAGUCGUCCGGAGGAGAGGGACGCUGGUCCAGACGUACCUGCUCACCGGCUCUGUGCAUCCACCUCCUCCACCCACAGCCGGAGGAGGAACCGCGGGCAGCAAAGCCCCGCUGAGGCUGCCGUCUCUGGGAGCGACGACAGGCAGAGGGCCUCGCAGGAGCAGCAGCAUGGCUCGUCUCAGCCUCAGUGAACCGUCUCUUCUAAACCUCAACGAGAACGUCCAGUUCGACGGAGUCUCCAGCAUCUGUCGCAGUAGUGGUUUACACAAGCGACCCCCACCUCCCCCUCUUCCUCCCCCUUCAUUCUCCAAGUCAUCAGCCCUGCUGCCCUGUCGGGCCUGGCUCCCUCCGGGCUGCAGCCAGCAGAACCAGCAGCAUCACCGGCAGCAGAACCAGCCGAAGGUCCGAGGCUGCAGCAGACGGGCCUAUAUCCACUUCUCGCAGGCCAUCCAGCCCGGCAUCAGGCCAAGACCAGCCAGACGUCACUCACACAACCCGACCCCGAGCGUGGAAACAGGCGACCUCCGACCUCUGUCCUCGACUCGAAGUGAGCCCCUGUCUGUCAUCGGGAAGCCAUGUCUUCCGAGCUGCGGUCAACGCCCCACUCCGGCUGCUGCUGCUGCUGCCGCCGCUGGUGGUCCAGCUCGCGCCCAGCUUCAUGUGUUCCUGCCCACAGAGACGGAGGGAGAGGAGGGGGACAGUGAGUCUGUGGAUGAAGGCUUCAUGGACGAGCUGGACGGCAAGAUCACCUCCCUGAAGCUCCAGCAGCGAGCGCCAAAGACAGUGACGUACCACUGACAGGCUGUCCAGAUAACUUUGAUUCCUUUGUUCAAAUGAAGGAGAACGUUUUAGAUAAGUACCUUUUAGAAAACAGUGUGCUUUCCGCUCUCUGGCAACCGUUUGUGGACGACCCUUUCCUGUUUCAAGGAGGCAAUGAUCCAAUCGUGAGCAUGGCCCAAAACCAUGGUCCAAAAAGUUUUUCCACUUUGACUUGAAAGAACUUGCUCAGAGCCCUGACAUCAAGUUCCAUCCAACGAGAUUAACUCAAAGCUGAUUUUUGACCCAGGCGUCAUCAGCCCACAUUGGUGCUGGACUUCUCCAAUGUCCCUGGAGCUCGGAUCCAAAUGAAGAAAGGAGGCUGUUGUAGCAGCCACGUUAAAGCCCCAGGUUUUGGAAGGAGAUGUCUGACAAUCAUAUGCAUGUAUAAUGUUUGUGUCUACGUACUUUUGUCCUUAACAUCUGCUUACACUUUCAUCUCUCUAACAGGUCAUUCCAAUCACAUGCAGGAAAUAAGAUGCAAGUUAUGGACAAUGUUAAGAUACUUAAAAUUAUUAUGUGGAAAUAUUCUUAUUAUUAUCUUAUUCGUGACUGAACUUGGUCACGUUGCACCGUGAUGAUUAUAGGACUCCUUAAAAAUAAAAGGAUUUAUGUUAAAUUGCACUCUGACAUGUAAUGUUUGGUGUAUUUGCAUUGUGAAUUUAUUGAAUUUCCAUGUAAUAUUCACACAAAUAGACAAACAUUUCCCCUUCGCUAUCCUGUUUUCUGUUGGAGUCAAGAGCUUUGCACACAGAAGGACACAAGUUAACAAGCACAGGGAAGUAUUUUUUUUGGAUGUUAUCGGCUGCGUUUCAAUUCUCAUCCAAGAGGCUUUGUCAGUUCGGAAUCUACAACCAAGUCCACUGGCCCUUGAUUCAGCCCUACCUUUAUAUAACAAUUUCUACGGUGGCCCUGAAGUGCAAAUCACAAAGACAGAUGGGAAAGCACC